AUGGACCGAGCCAGCCAGGUGCUGGCGCAAGCCCCUCUAGACGUGCCUAGGACAUACGCUACUCUUGCAGAACGGGGCGAUGUUCCUCUUUUAUCGCUCUAUUAUUAUAACAAGGGACGACGCUUAAUAGAGGAAAAGGCCCAAAGCCAGCAAUACCUGACCCUAGAUAAAGAGAAAGCUGUUAUUAAAUUCUUAUUACUAAUGUCUAAUCUCGGGCAGCCAGUGUGCAUAAAGUUUAUACCUUCGCUAGCCUUUUGUAAUAAACCGAUUAAGCCUCCAGGCAAGAACUGGGCUUGGGGCUUUGAAAAACGCUAUCUAGAACUUAAAGCUAAAACUGUUAGACCGAUUAACUGGAAACAACAUAGGAAUAACAUAUAUAAUAAGAUUGUAGAGUGGUUUAAAUUGAUUGGAAAAGAUUUAGCUAUUCUGCCGGAAAAUACCUAUAAUAUAGAUGAGACGGGAGUUUUGCUAAGCAUGCUCGGUUCUAUUAAAGUCCUUGUAGGUAAGGAUAACCUGCGAGACUAUAGAGGCGCGGGUGUUAAGCGGACAAUAGUGACUGCUGUUAAGUGCAUUAGUGCUGACUAG